AUGAGAAAACCGUCCAUUCCAGAUUUGAUCUACCAGAGGACGUUCCCCAAACCGAAGCAGGGCGAUCCAGUCUCCUUCUACGCUCAUAUUCAACGUCAUAUUGUGGGCGAAGUCCGGAUCGAAGUACAGAACUUCUACGGGGCUCUUGACACGCUGGAAGCACAGUACCCUGGCCUCGACUACACGUUCCCUCCUCACCGCCGUCGACUGGCAAGAUACGCGUGGCAUAGACGUCUUUUCCGCGUCUUCGACGAACUAGGGCUGACCAACGACGAAAUUCUGAAUCUGUGCCAAUGGGAAGGAACAAGAGCGGCCAAGGAAAGAUACGAGCGUGAAGCAGGAGUCGAGGUCAGGACUACCACAGCCGAUGAUGUCGUCGCAGCGCUGCCCGGAAAUGGUCCCAGAGCCGUGUUCGAAGAUUCGUCUCAGCCAGCCUCCAUCGACCGAGCAUCUUCUAGUAGCGAGACACUGGUAGCAACCCCAGAAGAAAAAGAAGAAUGCAAGGCCAAAGAUGUGGACACUCCCUCGCCAGCACCAGAAGAGGACUUCAUCGAUUUGCUCCGCGAUGCUAUGCAAUCUCGCCUACGAGGAGAUCCUUCGGCCAUCAAUCAAGCAUGGGAACAAUGGCUCAAAGACACCUUGGAGCGGCACGACGAGAUUGACAUUGACCUGAUCAUGAACGCCAUUCGAAACCUGGAGCCCGAGACACUGAGAGCUAUUCAGCAUGCCGGUGAGGAUAGCGAAACCUUGUCACGAUCCCCAACGCCCCAAUCCCAUGCAGAUGCGUACCACGAAGCCAAUCAUCUUGACCGCGUAGAGACCGACAGCUCCCACGUGUCUGCUGAAAAUGCAUCCCUGUCAAUGUUUGCGCGGAGAUCACAAACAGAGGCAGCCAGGUGA